CCAUUUUUUUCUCUCUAAAACUUGAUAAACUUUGCAUCCAAUUUUUAAGGUAAGAUUAUGUUUCAAUUAAUGCAUGUUAUAUUUUCCAUAUAAUCUCUUUUAUUUGUUUUAUUGGCGUUUUCUUUUUUCAAUUUUUCAUUCUUCGUCGUCGUCGUCUUUUAGGGGUUUUUUGUUUUUUUUGAAUUUGUGUUGAAAUCUUUGAUUUUUCUAUAUAAUGGCACAACAUGCAAAGGGUAGUUUUUCAGUUAGUGCUAAUAAAUCGAUGGAUUUAGUUUCCGAUGAACUUCCAUCUUUUAGUCUUGGGUUAACUCAAGAUGAAGUUUUUAACUUUUGUUCUUCUAAUAUUCAGGCUAAGGAAGGUGUUAGCAGUGAAGGAGGGAGUUUGAAGCACUGUAACAACUCGAAAAAUAUUGUGGAAAAAAUGAAACGAAAAGGUUUGAAAAAACCUUCAUCCCCAAAACCCCCAAAAAUUCAAAAAUCAGUGAAAAAGGCAAAUCAAGAUGAAAAAGGUGAAUGUAGUAAAAUUUCAAGUCCUGUUUCAUCUGAUUUUGAAUCUGAAGAAGAGAAAGUGGAGGAGAAAAAGAGUUCUGUGGUUCAAGCUCAGUUUGGAAGAUGUAUUAUGUCGCUUGAGACUAAGGAAAGCACUGCAAAUGCCAUAGUAAUUCGUGCGAAGGACACGAAUCUUCAUUUCAGUCCUAGAGAGUUUGUUGUGGUUACUGGUUUGAAUUGUGUUUCAAACAAGGACGAUUUUGUGUUUGAUGAGGAUCUUCCGAAUAGACUUAUUGAAGACUAUUUUGAUGGUGCCAAGUAUAUUCAAAAAAGAGAAUUAUUUGCUGUUUUUUCUAAAAAAUUAUGGGGAAAAGACAAUGAUGAAGAUGCCGUGAAGUUUGCUAAUAUCUAUUUUAUUCAUGCAUUUUUGUUGUCUGUUGUUGAUACCGUUGUUAUUCCACGUCUACAUUUUGAUUUAGUUGAGAGUGGUCGCUACAGUGAUUAUCCUUGGGAGUCACAUCACUGA